UUGCAAGCUAGACAUUAACAACACGAUAUACCAAAAAUGUUAAUAGAAAUAAUUGAACCAAAAAUAACGUUAAUGUAAAGAUUCGAAAAAUUUAAACAAUCGGUUAUAAACAAUUAAAUGUGUUUUUGCCGUAAUUGAUCAUGUGUUAAACGUAAUAAAACAAAGUUUUCAUCAUGUGAAUUAGUUCAUUUUUAAGAGAAGACGGUUGAAUAUUGAAAUUUUAACUUUCUCGUAUUACAUAGAAGGCGUUUUAAUAAUUAGGUUCCCUGUUAACCUCGAAAGUAUUCAAAGAAAAAUAUAAAUAAGAAGAAAAAGUAUUACGAAUCCACGAGUAUAACGAUGGAAACGUCAAAUUUAUCACCCACACUUAAACAAAGAAGGAAAUUCAAAGGCAUCAAAGAAACUAAUAUGAACAAUCAUCAGUACACAUCAUCCAUUAAUAAUCAUAACUCCGAUCUAUGUACAAUAGGUAAAAUUAGUACUUCUAUUAAUCAGAAAAUUCAGACAUUAAAGAACCGUUGUAAGGAGUCCAUGGACAAGUGUUUCUUGCAAGAAGAAAAAAUGGAUAUUAUCGAUUCAAACAAUACCUCAAGCGUUCGGAGAAACAAUAAUACUACGAUGAAUAAAACUAUAUUGAAAAUUUUAUAUAUUAAUAUAUUCAUCUUAACUGUCAUUGGAAUUUUCUUUCCAUUAUUAUUUUCAAUAUACUUGGAUCACGCAAAAUUAAACUUCGUAUACAUAUCUGAAACGGUUUAUUAUUAUCCUGAGAUAAGUAUUUUCUCUCAAUGUCUGAACUUGAUCUCCUUUUUUGGGGGUCUUGGUUUAUAUCUGAGACAUCUGAUAUUAGUUCAAUUUAUUCGAGAUAGAGGAGAAAAUAUAAUUGAUAAAAAUCUAAAACAUUUGUCUAAUAUCUGUAGUACACUUAUAGCGAUAAGUAUAAAUGUAAUUGGAAAUUAUCCGGUAUAUGGAAUCACAAAUAUAAUACACACAAUCGGUGUAGCUUUAUAUUUAUUUAGUGUCACCUGGUAUUGCAUUAUUCAGACCAAGUUUACCAAAAAAAUGAUCGGUACUGUUUCCGAUAUUUACAUUUAUUACAUACGAGUUACCUUAAACGUAAUAUUGUCAAUAUGUCUGCUUAUGUUUUUAAUACCUGGUCAAAUUGCGGUACUACAAUUCGAAGGUUCAGAUAAGAGAAAUUGGGGCCGAAAUGAUGGUGGUUGGUUGAUGUACGUUUUAAGUGUUAUAGGAGAAUGGGGACAUUCAUUAUUUUUCAGUAUAUUUAUGGUUUCUUUAAUUUAUGAAUUUCAUGCGAUACGUUUCGAAAUGCCUGGUAUUAAGAUAACUUAUUUAGACCAGAAAAAAAUGAAGGAAUUAAAUUCUGAAAUCGUACAAGACACGACUGUUCUUCAAUAAUAAUCGAUUUAAUUAUAAUAACAAAAUAAAAUAAUUAACAUUAAAAUUAUUGACAAUGAAUGUGUAAAUCAAUUUCAAUUAAAAUUGUUCAAAAUGUAUUGUCAUUGAUGACAUUUGUUAUGCGAGUGCAAAAUAAUUUUCAUUUCAAUU